AUGGUCGGCGUUCCUACUAGCCGAGGGUGCGGCAACUGUCGCAAAGCUAAGAAAAAGGCAUGGCCUAGCUGUGUUCCAUCCCAAGACACCUUACUGACUUUCACCAGGAGCGGAGUAAAAAGAUUCAGAUUCCAUCAGUACAACCCAGUGACAGCUCCUAAGACCACUCCAAGCAACGAGACUACCAAGCUUGCGGCGGAGUUUGUUGAUCUGAUAGGAAUAACCGAUGAACGGUAUUCGUUUGAAAUCUAUGGACCUCGAUUCUUCAAGACCCUUCCACAGCGUUUCGGGUCCCAUCCUGUUCUGGAUGAUAUGACAUCCGCUGUUAUUGCAUCGUUUCAGUCAGUUCGACUCCGGAAACAAUCCAGCCCGAGAGCACUUUCUCUGUUUGGGAAAGCGUUGAGAUCGUUACAAGAAUGUUUGAAUGAUCCCAAGCAGCCAGUAACUUUCAAGUUAGAAUUAGUCAUCAUGGUGAUGCUAUGUCAGUUAUGGAUUGACAACAAGUCAUCUAACAAGCAUCGUGGUAUUAUCGCCCAUCUCCUCGAAGAAGCAGUAACUCAACGACAAAUCAUUGACUCAAAUGACCUUCGUGGUUUCUGUCUACAGGGGGUAUAUGCGGCUCUCUCUGAUCCAAAUGUUGAACUCGGGUCAUGGUACUGGGACGUCGCCCUUCAAGACCCUACCCAAGCUAGACCACAUCACUAUGAACAAGGUCUAUACUGCUUUGAACUAUGCGCCAUAGGCGAUUUACCGGUAUUUCUUCGAGAUCCAGAAAGGUAUCUGUACCAGUUGAAAUGCUACUGGAAUACGCUUUCAACUGAACGACCAAUGAUGCGGCACAAAUACGAAAUGGCUAUACCGAUGGCCCUUGCCCCGAACGCCACGUUUCUUUCCAGAUUAAAAGCUAUUGAAUACGCCUCAGGACACGCAAUACUUCUGAUCCAAGCCGCACUCAUCGGUCCAACCAUCAAACCGUUUGGUGUUCUUCCUGCAUACACUGAAAAGUCUCACCAAAUAUGCGACGAAGCAAUCACCCUGGCACAGCAAUGUCAGGCUUUUCGACCUUGUGGCUCAUCGUGGGCGGCAGAACUAUUGAAGAUGGUAUGGGCAGCACUUGAUGAUGGGUAUCGAAACGAAGAGCUCGAGGAGCUGAUGGAUAGAUAUGCGGAAGAUGUGCAGGGGGCAGAUUAUCUUGGAGAGGCAAAGAAUAUGAGGAAUCGAUUCGAUCGACUGGGUUGGAGUAACAAUCAGAGGUUCCUGACUGCAGCGAAGGAUGGGCAAGAUGCUUCGCCGCCGGGGGAUGUUGACAUUUGA